GCCCGGCGGCGCUCGCGGCCUGGGUCCCGGUUCCGCCGCCGCCGCCCUCCCGCCCCGGCGCGGCCCGGCCCCAUGUACCGCGCGCUGUACGCGUUCCGCUCGGCGGAGCCCAACGCGCUGGCGUUCGCGGCGGGAGAGACGUUCCUGGUGCUGGAGCGCAGCAGCGCGCACUGGUGGCUGGCGGCGCGGGCGCGCAGCGGGGAGACGGGCUACGUGCCGCCCGCCUACCUGCGCCGCCUGCAGGGCGGGGAGCAGGAUGUCCUCCAAGCCAUUGACCGGGCCAUCGAGGCUGUGCACAACGCGGCCAUGCGGGAAGGCGGCAAGUACAGCCUGGAGCAGCGCGGGGUCCUCCAGAAGCUGAUCCACCACCGGAAGGAGACUUUGUCCCGCCGGGGCCCCUCGGCCUCCAGCCCUGCAGCCAUGACCCCGUCCACCAGUGACCACUACCUGGACGCCGCCGCCAGGCAGCCCAACGGGGUGUGCCGCACUGGGUUCGAGCGGCAGCACAGCCUGCCCAGCUCUGAGCAUCUUGGGGCCGACGGAGGCCUCUACCAGAUCCCGCCCCAGCCUCGCCGCGCAGCGCCCGCCACGCCGCCUCCACCCGUGAAACGCCGAGACCGGGAGGCCCUGGCGGCCUUGGGGAGCGGCAGCCGCCACGCCACGCCCUCCGGGGGCAGCUCUGUGUCCGGCGGCUCCUCCGUCAGCAGCACCUCCCUGGACACGCUCUACACCGGCUCCAGCCCGUCCGAGCCGGGCGCCAGCUGCUCACCCACGCCCCCGCCUGUGCCCCGCCGCGGCCCUCACACCGCCGUGUCCCAGGCUCAGCCGCCGCCCUCCCAGGGGCCCACCGCCGAGCCCCCUGCAGAGGAGGGGGCCGGUGAGACCCCCUCAGCCCCCGAUGAGCUGGAGGCCCUGGGCGCGCUGAGUCUGGGCACCUCCGAGGAGAAGGCGGGGGCCGAGCCGGCCGUGCCCAGGACCAUCGGGGCGGAGCUGAUGGAGCUGGUGCGGAGGAACACGGGCCUGAGCCACGAGCUGUGCCGCGUGGCCAUCGGCGUGGUGGUGGGGCACAUCCAGGCCUCCGUGCCGGCCAGCUCGCCCAUCAUGGAGCAGGUCCUGCUCUCGCUGGUAGAAGGCAAGGACCUGAGCGCGGCCCUGCCCUCGGGGCAGAUCUGCCACGACCAGCAGCGGCUGGAGGUGAUCUUCGCGGACCUGGCGCAGCGGAAGGACGACGCCCAGCAGCGCAGCUGGGCCCUGUACGAGGACGAGGGCGUCAUCCGCUGCUACCUGGACGAGCUGCUGCGCAUCCUGACGGACGCGGACCCUGAAGUUUGCAAGAAGAUGUGCAAGAGGAACCAGUUCGAGUCCGUGCUGGCCUUGGUGGCCUACUACCAGAUGGAGCACCGGGCGUCCCUGCGGCUGCUGCUCCUCAAGUGCUUCGGCGCCAUGUGCAGCCUGGACGCGGCCAUCAUCUCCACCCUCGUGCUGUCCGUGCUGCCCGUGGAGCUGGCGCGGGACAUGCAGACGGACACGCAGGACCACCAGAAACUGUGCUACUCCGCCCUCAUCCUGGCCAUGGUCCUGUCCAUGGGGGAGGCCGUGCCCUGCGCCCACUACGAGCACCUGGGCACGCCCUUCGCCCAGUUCCUGCUGAGCGUCGUGGAGGACGGGCUGCCCUCGGACGCGGCGGAGCAGCUGCCGGAUCUCUGCACCAACCUGCUGCUGGCGCUCAACCUGCACCUGCCAGCCCCCGAGCAGAACGUGGUCAUGGCCGCCCUGGGCAAGCUCGCCAACGUCAGGGUCUUCUCCGAGAAGCUGCUCCUGCUCCUCAACAGGGGGGACGACCCCGUGCGCAUCUUCACGCACGAGCCCGCGCCGCCGCACUCGGUCCUCAAGUUCCUGCAGGACGUGUUCGCCAGCCCCGCCACGGCCACCAUCUUCUACCACACGGACAUGAUGGCGCUCAUCGACAUCACCGUGCGCCACAUCGCCGACCUGUCGCCCGGAGACAAGCUGCGCAUGGAGUACCUCUCCCUGAUGCAUGCGGUGGUCCGCUCCACGCCCUACCUGCAGCACCGCCACCGGCUGCCUGACCUGCAAGCCACUCUGCGGCGCAUCCUGUCGGAGGAGGACGCCUCGCCCCAGUGCCAGAUGGACCGCAUGAUUGUCCGGGAGAUGUGCAAGGAGUUCCCGGCGCUGGGCGAGGCCCCCAGCUAGCGCCGUCCUCUCCGCCCUUCCCUGCAGCCCUGGCCGGCGAUCGGGGACUUGGGGCUUGGCUCAAGAAUGUUCUGCACAGACGACGGUGUUCGGGGGUGCGGUGGCGGAAGGGUCCUGAGCGGGGCCCGCCCCUGACAUAGGGCUGAUGCAAGGGGCCAAGUGCAGGACUGGGGACCACGCUCUGGGAACAAUGCUGGGGCCAAGGGAAUGUGUGUGAGCUGAAGCCCCUCCACGUCCCGGCUGCCUCUUCAGCAUGUCCCCCUCCCCCUCUCCGUACACACACACACAUACACACGCACACGCACAGGCACACGCACACUCAAGAGUCCUGCUGCUGCUUCAGGCUGGGCCAGGGCCCCAUCCCCAGCCUGUCUGGUCCGUGUCCUUGGGGUGAGGGGAGACUCCCCCUAGCUCUGUCUUUUGCCUUAGCUUUGCAAUAAGUGCUGCUCAUGUGCUUCCCCUCCCCCGCCCCCAGGGGUCAGUGCCCUCCCCACACCCCCAGGGGCCUGGGCCAGGCCUCUGCUGUGAAAGCAGAACUUGGGAGAAGGGUGCCCCAUCCUUGAGCCUCAGAACGUGGUGAUGGCGCCGAGAAGGCCCGUGACAGGUUCUGUUUUCUCUGUGAACACGUAGACUGAAAAGCCAUGUGUCCUUCCUGUGUGCUGCUGCUCGCCUUUGGAAAUAAAUGGCCUCUGGAAACAGGC